CAGACAUGGAUGCCUGUGUCAGUUGUCCAGAAGACCAGUACCCCAACAGCAGCCAAAUUGAAUGCAUUCCCAAGAUUCUAGUCCACCUUUCUUAUAAAGAAACGUUAGGGACCAUUUUAGCUAUCACAGCUAUUUCUUUCUCCUUGAUCACAAGUUUAGUACUUGGAACUUUUAUGAAGCACAAAGACACUCCCAUAGUCAAAGCCAACAAUGAGACCCUUACCUGCAUCCUCCUCAUCUCUCUCCUCCUUUGUUUCCUCUGCUCCUUACUCUUCAUUGGACAACCUGGGAAGAUCAUCUGCCUUUUUCGACAAAUUACCUUUGGCAUCAUCUUUUCUGUGGCUCUUUCAUCUGUGUUGGCAAAAACCAUCACUGUGAUUCUGGCAUUCAUGGCAACCAAACCAGGGACCAAGAUGAGGAAAUGGGUGGGGAAAGGACUUGCAAAUUCUAUUGUCCUUUCCUGCUCCUUUAUUCAAGCAGGCAUUUGUGCUCUUUGGUUAUUUACAUCCCCUCCAUUCCCCGAUAGAGACAUGCACACAGUGCAUGGAAAGAUAAUACUAGAAUGUAAUGAUGGUUCAGCAAUCAUGUUCUACUGUGUCUUGGGCUACAUAGGCAUCCUGGCCAUUGUCAGUUUGGUUGUGGCUUUCCUAGCCCGGAGGUUGCCAGACAGCUUCAAUGAGGCCAAAUUUAUCACUUUCAGCAUGUUGGUGUUUUGCAGUGUUUGGAUAACCUUUCUUCCAACCUACUUGAGCACUAAAGGAAAAUACAUGGUGGCUGUGGAAAUCUUCUCCAUCCUGUCCUCCAGUGCUGGAUUGCUUGGUUUCAUAUUUUUCCCUAAAUGCUACAUCAUUGUACUGAGGCCAGAGCUGAAUAACAGGGAGAUACUAAUAAGAAGAAAAUAA